AUGCCCCCAAAGUCCAAAUCCAAAAAGGACAUCGCUCCCCCCAAACAACGGCAACAACAGCAAACCCCCAAGCCAAACUGGCCUCCUCUCCGCCCCCUCAUCCCCUCAUCGGACCUCACCCUCGACCCCCUCCUCCCCGACCAAAUCUACCUCAUCCCAAACUUCUUCACCGCAAACCUCUGCAAAACUUACGUCUCAUUCCUUUCCUCCCUGCCCCUGACCACUACCCCUGGGAAACCGAAAAAGGGCGACGCCGUUCGCGUCAACGACCGGUUCCAAAUCCAGGAUGAGCGGUUUGCGGAGUCGUUGUGGAGCGGGACAGCGCUGAAGGACCUGGUGAUGAAUGGGAAUGGGGAGGAGGAGAGAUCUAUGAAAGAGAUCUGGGGCGGGGAGCCUUUGGGGUUGAAUGCGAAUAUCCGGAUCUAUCGGUAUUCGAAGGGGCAGUUUUUUGCGCAGCAUUACGACGACUCCAACACCCUCACUUUCUCUUCCCCUUCACAUCCCUCUCAACCAGCUCGCACCACGUGGACCCUUCUUAUAUACUUGACUACCUGUUCCGGGGGCGAAACUAUCUUCUACCCAGAAUCGACUCGUGGGAAUCGCAAUCCCGAGCCAGUUUCAGUGGCCCCUGUCACGGGCAUGGCACUUCUACAUCGGCAUGGCGACCGAUGUCUCCUGCAUGAGGGCAGCGAGGUUUCAGACGGCGAAAAGUGGGUGUUACGGAGUGAUUUAGUGGUCCGAUGA